AUGGACAUCAUCCCAUCACUUCCUAACAGAGGCAAUGUUACAAAGAUAACAAUUGACAGAUGCAGAAAUAAAGAAGAUACAGGUGCAAGCCUUAAUAGGGCGCGAUAUCCUUGCCCAGAUGGGUAUGGUGCUUACCUCGGAACACCCUUUAUAGCACCAGCCAUUGCCUGGACUUUCCCAAUCCCACUCAGCUGGAGGACUGAUCAGCCUGUGUGGGUAGAGCAAUGGCCGCUUAAACGGGAAAGUCUCAUUCAAGCACAUGAAUUAGUAAAGGAACAGUACAAACAAGGUCAUCUAAGAUUAUCUACCAGCCCUUGGAAUACCCCAAUAUUUGUGAUCAAGAAAAAAUCCGGCAAAUACAGACUUUUACACGAUCUACGUGCUGUAAACAGACAGAUGCAUGACAUGGGUGCUUUACAACUGGGGUUACCCAACCCAGCAAUGAUCCCAGAAGGCUGGCACCUGCUAAUCGUAGAUUUAAAGGACUGUUUCUUUACCAUAGCCCUCCAUGAAGAUGAUAAACAGCGAUUUGCAUUUACACUCCCUGCUAUCAAUAGAGAGGGGCCAGACCAAAGAUUUGAAUGGACAGUACUACCGCAGGGUAUGCGAAACUCACCAACCCUCUGUCAACUCUAUGUCGAUGCGGCACUUCAACCGUUACGUCAACAGUGGCCAGAGACCAUGAUAUAUCACUACAUGGACGACAUAUUGUUGGCACAAAAAAACCCUUUUUCUCCUGAACAAAAAUUUGAUCUAAUCACACAAUUAAAGAAAAAGGAACUUGUGAUGGCCCCGGAAAAGGUACAAGAAUCCAGCCCCUGGCAGUAUCUAGGUUGGCAUAUUUCGAAUGCCACCAUCAGACCACAGAAAUUGACAAUCAGGACUGACAUAAGAACACUCAAUGAUGCUCAAAAACUAUUAGGAGACCUCCAAUGGAUCCGUCCGGUUGUCGGCAUUCCUAAUGAACUUUUAAAUCUACUACGCCCCCUGCUGAAGGGAACAGACCCAGCGGCUGCCGUCACGCUCACAGAGGAACAGCAACGGGUACUCCAGGAAAUUGCAUCGCUAAUUACUACGCGUGCUACGCACCGAUGCCUGGAAAAUCAGCCACUUGAUCUUACUAUUUUAUGUGGCCCACAAUACCUAAUGGGAGCCAUUACACAACACAAAAUAAAAACGGGGGAAAAAAGAGGGUUGGCGGAACCCAUUGUACUAGAAUGGAUAGCACCACUGUUACAACCAAAACGAACUAUUCAAGAAAAAAUUUCAACGCUGGCCGAACUCAUUAGGACACUCUUCGCCCCUGACUUACAUGAUCAGCGUUGGUCAAAUCUGACUGCAGCAAUCAAACAUAGAAGAAGUGAGAAUCGUCGAGGCAAGCGUGAAUUGAAAAAACUAGGUUCAGAUUGUGCUGAUGAUGUAGAAUUAUGGGGGCCUGCGGAAAGGUUUUUCGCCGCAGCUUUAGCUCCUAACGUUGCAGUUGCGCAUGCCAUGUCUAAUCUAAAUAAACUUGCUUGUUGGGCUGUUAAGCAAUCAAAUGUUACUACACAAAUUCUCUCUGAAAUGUCACAGGAUAUGGAUAGCCUGAGACAUGCAGUGUUGCAAAAUAGAGCAGCUAUAGACUUUCUGCUUUUAGCACAGGGACGCGGGUGUGAGGAUUUUGAAGGAAUGUGUUGUUUUAAUCUUUCUGAUCAUGGACAGUCAAUCCAUGAGCAAUUGAAAUGGCUAAAGGACCACACCCAGAGAAUCACCGUACAGUAUAAUUGGUUUGAUGAUCUGUUUAGAAAGAUGUUUGGUAAUGUGAGUACCUGGAUUUUGAGCUUGAUCAAAGAAGGGCUACGUAUUCUAUUCAUAAUUGUAUUAGUUUUAAUUGCUGUAAGAGUGAUUUUUGGCUGCUUAACACAAAAGCUUGAACAAUUAACUAAAAAGGUCUUUCUCGCACAAAAUAAAAACGGGGGAAUUGUGGAGGACUGGCUUGAGGGCAGAGGUCAUGUGAAGAUUGAACAACUAAAGGAAGCAGAACUAAGUGCAUAUCGCACACAGUUGAUGUGAGCCAAGUCCCGUAUGAGAGUAAAAACAGUUAGAGCCAAGGACACAUUGUCCUUGGCUCCAAGGUGUUAUCAAUGAUUAGUCCUGGGAACUUGCGGGUGAUGUAAUGCAGAAGUUGCUGGGUAAACCAAAUUGCUGUUACCAAUAAGGAGCUCAGCUUUUGCAAUAUGUAUGAGCCUGAUUAGUCCUAUACUAUAUAAAGAAAGACCACACCUAAUAAAGUUGAAGUACACUGAUCACUCA